AUGGCUGCCAACAGCACCAACUCCGCCGCCUGGCUCACUGAGGCCAAGAAGCACCCAUUCCAGGUGAAGGACGCUCCCACCUACACUCCCGAAAUCAAUGAGAUUCUUGUCAAGAAUCGCGCCGUUGCCAUCAAUCCCGUUGAUGGUAGUCUUCAGUCCAAGGCUUGGUGGCCCAUGAACUACCCAACCAUUCUCGGCCAGGACGUCGCCGGUGAUGUCGUCGCAGUUGGCCCCGAGGUCGCUCGUUUCAAGGUUGGGGAUCGCGUCGUCGGUCAUGCCGUUGGAAUGGCUACAAAGCGCAUCCAAGACAACGCUUUCCAGGCCUACACCAUCCUUCAGGUCAACAUGACCAGCGAGCUGCCCGACGCCAUUGAGUACGAGAACGCUGCCGUUCUUCCUCUCGGCCUUUCCACCGCUGCAUGUGGCCUCUUCCAAGACGACUUCUUGGGGCUCAAGCUCCCCACCGAGCCUCGUGGAUCUACUGGUGAAGCGCUCCUUAUCUGGGGUGGUGCAGGCAGCGUCGGAAGUAAUGCGAUCCAGCUCGGAGUUGCCGCUGGAUACGAAGUCUUCACCACCUCUUCGCCCAAGAACUUUGAGCACGUCAAGAGUCUCGGUGCUUCCCAGGUCUUUGACUACGCAAGCCUCACCGUCGUGGAAGACCUCGUCGCCGCUCUCAAGGGAAAGAAGCUCGCUGGCGCUAUGGACUGUGUUGGCUUCGCUGGCACUCCUCCUACCGUUCUUAUCGUUUCUCAGUCCGAGGGAAAGAAGUUUGUGGCCACUGUCAAGGGUGGGUUCCCGGCUCCUGAUGGACUUGCAGUCUCGAGCGUUUUCGGUACUACCCUCAAGGACAACCAUGUCGGAAAGGCAAUCUAUGAGGACUUUCUACCCAAGGCGCUGAAAGCAGGCAGCUUCAUUCCUGCCCCUCCUGCUCGUGUUACUGGAACUGGACUUGGAGAGAUUCAAGCUGGAGUUGAUCUGGUAAACAUAGGAACCUCUGGUAGCAAGAUUGUUGUGACUCUUCCCAACAUCUCGUCAGUCUGA